AUGGCACUUCCUCCCCGAUGGUACCAGUUUCUGGUCUGUGUCUUUGCCUCGUUUGGGGCUAUUCUCUACGGAUACGAUUUGGGUGUCAUCGCCGAGGCCAUCGCCAGUCCUUCACUGGUCAAUGAGUUCAAUGUCAACAGUACUAAGAGUGGUGCUAUCACUGCAGUUUUCACUGGAGGUGCAUUCUUCGGCGCUAUUUUUGCUGGUCCUUUCGGUGACUAUGCUGGACGUAAAUAUACAAUUCUUGUGGGAUCCGUCAUCUUUUUAGUGGGAGGUGGUCUACAAACUGGGGCUCAGACGAUCUCUUAUCUUUAUGCUGGUCGAGCUAUUGCAGGCCUUGGAGUCGGCAUCCUAAUGAUGAUUGUUCCCAUCUAUCAAGCUGAGCUAGCCCAUCCAGAUAUUCGAGGCCGUGUCACUGCUCUGCAGCAGCUGAUGCUUGGAGUUGGCUCCUUAGUAGCUACCUGGAUUUCCUGGGGUACUUAUAUCAGCUUUGGCCCGACAGAUUCGCGUCAGUGGCGCAUCUCUCUUGGUAUCCAGAUGAUCCCCGCUGUCUUCCUAGCCGCUCUUAUUUUGCUAUUCCCCGAGUCCCCUCGUUGGUUGAUUGACAAUGGGAGACUGGAUGAGGGUCUCCGAACUCUUGCCAGGCUACACGCUCGCGGCAACGUGAAUGACCCAUGGGUUCAAACUGAGUACGACCAGAUCUGUACCUCAAUUACUCAUGAACAUGAGGCAGAGGCCAAGUCUUAUACAGAGCUUUUUACAGAUCGAUCUUGCUUCCGACGUCUCUUUCUGGCUUGCUCGAUUCAGGCAGCUGCACAGAUGACCGGUGUCAGCGCUAUUCAGUACUUCAGUCCUACUAUUUUCAAGCAGAUGGGAAUUGCUACCAAUAACACACUUAAGUAUCAAGGUAUCAGCUCUAUCAUCGCCAUUAUUGCACAGUUUCUUUGCAUGUUGUUCAUCGAUAAGACGGGUCGUCGAUGGCCUCAGAUCAUCGGAAAUUUGGGCAACUGUCUUUUCUUCAUCAUUCCCACAAUCUUGAUCUCCAAGUUUCCACCCAGCACCACGCACAAUGACUCAGCCGGAUGGGCUUUCAUCGUAAUGACCUGGUGUUACAAUUUCUCCUACAGUGCUACGAUCGGUCCCCUUACUUGGAUUAUCUGUGCGGAAAUAUUCGACACAAAAACUCGGUCUAAGGGUGUAUCCAUCGCAACAAUGGUCUCUUUUGCCUUUAACACAAUGAUCGGUCAGAUAACCGAUAUAGCCAUUGACAAUAUUGGUGGCGUGCGCUUCUACAUAAUCUUCUGUGUCUGCAAUUUCACCAAUGCCGUUUUCUUCUGGCUUAUAUUGCCUGAGACGACGAAGCUUCCACUCGAAGAUAUGGGUACACUGUUUAAGAAUGAGCCUUGGCUCGUACCUGGAACUCAGACUCGGAGAUUUAUCGAGCGAAGCAAGAUGCCUUUGCCGAUUAGUGAGGGCAAGCAUGACCAGUUCAGUGUUCAUGAGGAGGUUACGAAGGUCUAA